UUUCUGUCUUCUAGUUGUUGUCAUUGCUGCUGAGCGAUUUUAUUGUUAUUGUUAGCAUGUUAGCGGGUUAAAAAUAUUCAGACAGAUGAAAGUAUAUUAAGAUACACUUCACAUAUGUGAAGAAGAAGAAGCACGUUCAAGAGUGAGAAACGAUCACAACUGCACAGACGGAAAUAUGAAUGAUGCGGACUCAGCCACGAGGAAGCAUGUGAGUUCAAGAGAGCUAACGUUACAGACUCCAAAAAAUGAGGACGCAUAUGAAAUCUCCAUUCCUUUUGAAGAUAACAACUUUGAACAACAUGGACCCUUUUACAACCACAACGACCAAAACUUUGAAGGUAAUGAUCCACCAGCACCGAGCAGCUCAUACCUGUUGAUCACUAACUUGCGCACACAACUGCAGAUCUCACUAGAGAAAAACUCAUGGCUGCAGAAACGCAUCGAGGACCUGGAAGAGGAGAGAGACUUUCUGCGCUGCCAGCUUGAUCGCUUUAUCUUCUCAACCAAGAGUCAUGAGAGCAACGGUAAUGAUUCGAGAAGUUUUUCUUGGAGGAGGAGAAGAGAAACUGACCGGGAUCAACAAGCGGAGAGCCAGCGGCCAGCCAACCGUCAGUCAUUCCAGCAAAGAUUAACCCAACAGACCUCAGCCAAUCCUAAAGUCUUGAGCUCUCCUUCUGGUCCAGUCAGUGCACAGAUAAAUUCAAUGUUCGGACCCGCCCACCCUCAGCCUCUUAUGCAGGGCCACGGCAGCACAAGCAGCAGCUGCAGCAGCAACAACAGGUCACUCAAUGAACUGCAGGAAUCUCUUUCUCUUCUGGGAGAUGAAGAAGAGGACGAAUACCUGGAGGAUAGUUACCUCGAGGAAGAGGAAAUGAUGUCCGGAGAGGACGUGAUAUCAAACAGCAUGUCUCUUCGGAAUAUUGGUGCAGCUGGAAGGCCCAGCGGCAGUCACCCAGCACUGAAGAGGAGGGUCUUCAGAAUCCCCAGAGGUAGAGAAAGACAGAGAGUAAAAGAUGCAGCAGGUGUAUUGUUCCGCUACAAGAAGAUCCUAGUGACAUACCAGAGGCUAAAAAACAUGUCCAAGGCGUUCCAGAUCCAUGGUGUAGAUCGCAACACAGUGGCCUCUACCACACCCAUAGCCGAGAUGCUGCUGGUGGCCCCGGAGAAGUUGACAGAGGUUGGCGAGUUUGACCCAUCCAAAGAAAAACUACUGGACUAUGCCCGACGGUGUUACAUCGCCCUUGACCCACAGACUCUCAGCAAAGUGCAAGCUCUAAAGAAGAACAACCUUCUCCUGCCCAUCUCCUACAGGUUGAAAGGAACCGAUCCGAAUAAUCGAUAAAGGAAGGUAUCAAGAGGAGCAACUAAUUUUAUCCUGCUGUAUCAUAAAACACCUUUGCUGUAUUUUAUUGUAUCACUGAACACAACACAGAUGCACCAUGUCAACCUCUACAUGUUGUUGUUCAGAUCGGCUGUGCUCUGAACAAGGCUACUGUUACCUCAGUUCAUCACUUCAGCACUCACUCGCAGAGCUGGUGGGCUGCUUAUGCUUUCAAGUUCCAUAUUCUGGUAUAAAACUCUAUUUAAUUGUGACUGAUUGUCGAGAUGGUCCACAGGAGCUUGAGAAGUUCCUGGACUGGGGUCAUUAGAUCCAUUCAUUUAGGCCAAAUGUGUGUCCUGGUUCUCUGUAACUUUUAGCACUUACCUAAAAAAAAUAAAGGACUUCCCCAGCUCGAUAUGAGCUGUCAAUUUAGUUUUAUUUAGAGAACCAGUGCAUGCAUAGACCCAUAAACGCUGCCUGUCUUAUAUCACACUGUGCAACUCUACAGCAAGCAGCACCCGAACGUUCUCAUUAGAAUCCCAUUGGAUUUGAUUUGUGCAGUAUUUGUGCAUGUGUCUCAUGGCCUGUCUCCUAUUAGAUGACACUGACUGUUCAGCAUGUGACAUGUUUAUAUAGUUUAAGUCAGUGGUUAAACAGUUGGUAAUAGUACUAAUCUAGUACAAUGUAUAGUGUGAAUCUAAUGCUUAUGAAUGUGUGAGGGCUUGAGUGUUCACGUCUUAGCUGGUGCUGAAGUUCUGAAAGUGUCUGGGUGCAUGUGGAUGCGUGUUGAUGUGUGCCUGUUUAAAAUAUUCACAGCUCUUUUGAGCACAGAUUCAAGCCUCCAUGGGGCUUAAAACAAACUAUGUCACAAUCUUUCUCACCAUCAGCUAACACGUUUGUUUCUACUUUUAAUGUCAUUUGACUGUCUGCCACCUUUUAUUACAGAUCAGGGCUCUAGUAGGUUUCUGUUUUGCCUCAGGAACAGUCACUUGCGGACAUUUCAAGUUCAGUUUCAGGUACAGCUUUGUUGUUCACCAAACUCCAAAAGGUGUUUUCUACUGAAGCGUUGUUUUUCUUUUCAUUUUAAGUUGAAAGUAGCCAAAAAUCUGUUUAUAGUGUGGUCUCUUAUGUCAUAUUGAGAGAAACAUUUAUUUAAUGUACAACUGAAUAUUCGUAAUGUAAAAGACACUAAAGCAUUUCCUACACAACCCUGUGCCGCUUGCAUUUUUCGUUCUGACUUUUUGUAUUCUGGGUAUUUGUUCUUUGAGGUAGAUUUAUUUUGUUUAUCUUAUCUGCCAUUUAGAUAACAAUGUGGUUAAAAAUAAGCUUGAGUUAAAGGAAUAGUUCACCAAAAUAUUUAAAUUCUCAAAAUCUACUCGCACUCGGCUAAUAGAAGAAAGGGGACGACCAUCCUUUUACCAUGAUUCACAACGGUAAGCUUAUAAUUUAUCAUUUAAGCAGUCCGGUCUGAUUUUGUGGGAAAUGUUAGUGGUU